GCAUUAUUUGUUGGCCGGAACGGCGCGAGAAAUACGCGACCGAUGUACGAGCGGCUCACUUAUUUAUCGCGGUCCGAAGCAAACUGAUCGUGAAACAUGCUGUGAAUUUUUCACGCGGAUCGUUCUUGCUCUCGGUCUCGUUCUUGCCGGUGAUCCACUUCGAAAUUCUUACAAAAGGCCGUAACACCGGCAACCUCGAUUCUCCUUUAAAAAAUUGAAACGCCAUUUCUCGUGCCACCGUGUGUUCGUCUUACUCCGAGAUACGGUGCUUUCGCGGCAAUAUGCAAGUCCUGACGUCGUUUCUGCCGCUGCUGCUUUUACUACUUCGUCAAUUCUCAACCACCGUUGGAUUCAACAUUCUCGGAAUUUGCCCUAGCGCCAGUUACAGUCACCAGCAACCGUUUCAAGCUUUGAUGAAAGCUUUGGCGACUCGUGGACACAAGGUUACCGUCGUAUCGACUAUUCCUUUAAAGAAGCCGAUGAAAAACUACGAGGACGUCGAUUUGUCGUUCACUUAUCAGAAAAAAGACUGUACAGGCUUGAGGCAUAUGGGAGCGUUCACCCUGCUGCAGAAGAAUAUGCGUGAGGCAAACGAGUUAUGCGAGAAGCAACUGUUCAGCGCACCCAUCGCCGAUCUAAUUUCGAGCAACAAGACCUUCGACGCCGUGAUUAUCGAGCAAUUAUGGUACCAGUGUUAUUACGGCCUGGUGAAGCAUUAUAAUUCGCCGGUUCUGAUCGGAUUUUUGAGCGUCGGCAAUCUGCCCUACGUUAUGGACUCCGUCGGAAAUCCAGACGACCCGAUGCUGAACCCUGACAUGGCUUACCCUUUCACGAACAAAAUGUCUCUUAACGAACGUGUCUGGAACAUUUUGUAUACGACGUGGACGAGAAUAUACUACAAGUACUGGCAUUUACCUGACGCUCAGAAGAUCGUUAACAAGUGGAAGGCCAAUGUCUCGAUCGAGGACAUCGACAGGAACUUCAGCCUGGUGAUAUUGGGAAACAAUCACGUAUUCGGGUAUCCGAAACCGCUACUGCCAAAUGUGAUCGAGGUUCACAGCCUCCAGAUCACGGAGAAAAGCGAAUCGUUGCCCAAGGAUAUUCAAGAAUUCCUGGACAACGCGGUACACGGAGCGAUUUAUUUCUCUCUAGGCUCGAAUCUGCAAACUCAUCAGUUGCCCGCCGGUCCUUUGACUGCAUUGUACAACGCGCUUGGCUCGCUCAAGCAAAGAGUUCUAUGGAAACACGCCGGAGACGUGGCCAUUCAUCCAGGCAACAUCAAAUUUGUGAAAUGGGUGCCCCAGCAAGCGGUUCUCGCACAUCCGAAAGUGAUGGCCUACGUGAUGCAGGGUGGAUUGCAGUCUUUGCAAGAGGCAGUGCACUACUCUGUGCCGGUAGUCGCCAUUCCCUUUUUCGGGGAUCAACUUUUCAACGCGCGUAAAAUCCUCGACGCUGGUAUCGGACUUACAUUGGACAUCGAUACCAUCACCAAAGAAUCCAUCGUUCGUACACUCACCGACAUUAUUGAAAAUAAAACGUACUAUAACAACAUCAAGAUCAUGUCGGAAAUAAUAAAAGAUGAAAUGGUGAAACCUAUGGAUCGUGCCGUUUGGAACGUUGAACACGUGAUUAAAUUUUCAAAGUGGAAACAUCUGCGUUAUCACGGUCACGAUAUUUCGUUGAUCGAUUAUUACGGGACGUUUGUGGUCCUCGUAUCGCCAUUAAUUUUGUUAUUAUGCUGUGUCUAUUUAGUGCUUAAUAACUUAAAAAAUAUACCGAAAUAUGUUUCAGCCAUUUAUGGACAAGCUCAAGUUGCAUUCCUCGGCAGAGAGAAAGCUGAAUAGUUAUUUUUGAUUAAUUUCCAAAAUUGAUCGUUUCAUACCGAGUAUUUUUAUGCGAUUAAACUUUCUUUAAAAUUGUAACAUCGAUGGAAAAUUAAUGGA